CCCGCCGCCAGGCCGGAAAAGCCGUAGUCCUGUGAUUGCUGCUCGCCGGGGCUCGGCGGCGCCCGGCGUGGUUGCCAUGGCGCCGGUUGCUGCGGCAAUGAGGUGGUGGCUGCUACUAGUGCUGAGUGCAGUGGGGUUGGGGGCCAAGGGCGUCCCACAGGCCCCCAACAUCCUGCUUCUGCUCAUGGACGACAUGGGGUGGGGCGACCUAGGGGUAUAUGGAGAGCCUUCCAGAGAGACUCCGAAUUUGGACCGGAUGGCCGCCGAGGGCAUGCUUUUCCCGAACUUCUACACAGCCAACCCCCUGUGCUCACCAUCAAGGGCGGCCCUGCUCACUGGACGUCUCCCCAUCCGCAACGGCUUCUACACCACUAACGGGCAGGCCAGGAACGCCUACACGCCCCAGGAGAUCGUGGGCGGCAUCGCGGACACGGAGCUCCUCCUGCCUGAGCUGCUGAAGGGGGCCGGCUACGCCAGCAAGAUCGUGGGCAAGUGCUGUCUUGGCCGUGCUGGUGGGACCUCCCGUCUUGAAGCUGUGACUGCCCUGCACUGA